UGUUGCUGUUCAUACGAUUCUGGCAUUUCUCAGAAAUGUCGCGUUUGUCCGAUUAAACCCUCGGGUCGUGUCCCUUAAACGCACCGUAUGUGUUAAAUACUUUGUUAUACCGAAUGAGUCACGUGUGAAGGUGCUUUUUGCAGAUUGGACUACAUUUAUAUGAAGGAGGUAGAUGCUUUAGAACCUGCUGUAGAACCUCACACGUACGGAGCAGCUUUAAUCACUGCACUGUGUUAAACAGUACACACAAAUAGGGAGGAUUCUGAUGUCAGUGUGCUGCAUUACAUCUUAAUUGUAAGCAAGUGUUAUAACUGCUGUGCAUAGAACUGACUGAGCAGUAACAGUGGAAGUAUCCAAGUAAUUGUAAAACAUGGUAUUUGGGCUGAAAUAAAGACAGAGUUGACGACCCAAUUGAAACUGUUGAUAUCUAAAACAAGGUGACAAUAGUUGUAGCUGAGGGAAAAACACAGUGAGCAUACUGGUUCGACCCCGGCUGGCUCAGACUCACGUUGUCCUCGUGGACGCGUUGGGACAAACGUGCCGAGACAGGGAAAGCUAGAUUUGUUCUAAUCUCGCAAACAGGAUUAACACCUCUUAAGGUCCCCUCGGAGUGUCGCCGAGGAGUUCUGGCUGCACUGGAUUUGCGUCACCGAAGGGCCGGCCCGUUUUGUAAUAUGGCACAAAAAAUAAAGCGUUAGGAGUUUGUUUGGCCUUUGUUAAAAUAAAUGUACCGGUUCCAUGCAGGCUGUGUUAUUGCCUCGAGACAGAGUGAAACUAUUAUGUCAUCGCAUUUCGCUUCCUGUGAAUGUACAACCACGAAAUGGAAGCACAAAACAACCGCCUCUGCUUCUAAAAGUUGCUUUCGUUAUAUCGGAUUUGACCUUGAAAACUCAGAAUCCGCUUCCUCGCCUUUGACCCGUCCUCGUCAUUGGGCUUCGCCUGUCGGGUGGACACCAUGAACUACGUGGGGCAGCUGCUGGUGACGGUGAAGGAGCUGUACAAGGGGAUCAACCAGGCCACGCUGUCGGGCUGCAUCGACGUGGUGGUGGUCCGGCAGCCCGACGGGACGUUCCAGUGCUCCCCUUUCCACGUCCGCUUUGGGAAACUGGGAGUGCUGCGCUCCAGGGAGAAAGUAAUCGAUAUAGAAAUCAACGGGGAACCUGUAGAGCUGCACAUGAAGCUUGGAGACAAUGGAGAGGCCUUUUUUGUCCAGGAGACGGAGCAGCACAACGAGAUCGUUCCGGCCCACCUGGUGACCUCCCCCAUCCCCACAGAGGAGGCCCUGUUGAGGAGCAGAGAACCCAGAUGUGGCGGCUCUGCGUCGGAGAGCGCUCAGCCUCGGAGUCCAGAGGACCCGUCCUCUGGAAGCAUCCAACCCUGCUCCAACACGGCCGGCAAGAAGAAGAGGAGGCGCAGAAAAAAGCACAAGGCCGAGCCGCGGAAGGAGGGCCAAACCACACCCGCGGGCGGGGAGCUGGAGCUGUGCGAGCUCAGCUCAGACGAGGAGAACAGUGGGCACAAUGGAGGGGCAUCGGCGCUCACCCUGAUGAAGGACCCCAUGGACCACAGGCAACAUUCCACCCCGACGGGCCUGGAAUGGGACAGCUACCCUUUCUCGGAUGGAGACUGGUCCCCUGGCUCAGGCAGGGAGGGGUCGGAGCCCACGUCGCCCAAGAGCGACUCUGAGCUGAUGGUGAAGCCGGCGGAGAGCAUGCACAGGGCCGAGUCCCACAUGCAGUGGACCUGGGGGGAGUUCCCCGAAUCCACCCGGGUCACCAAAAAGGACAAACCAGAGGCAAAGAUGCUGACCAUCACUCCCUCUGAGAACACACAUUUCAGGGUUAUCUCCAGCACAGAAGCCGUGGAGGAAAGGGAAGGAGAGGGAACCACACAUCUCAUUUGCGGUAUCAUAAAACCAGAGCCGCGGACCAUUCCGAUCGAUCGGCCCACCUGCGAGCCGCGGGUCGCCGAGCAGAGGGCGGACCUUUCCGAUUCGAGGUCCAGGUUGACCUCCGAGCCAUGUCCCGCUGACCUCGACCUCAGGCCGACCCCCGCACAGGCGACCCGGUGGAAGUCUUCGCCGCCCAGCCGCAGGGCCAGCGGCUCCGCUGCCGCCUCCGCAGGUGCCGUCGCUGAAGACUCAGCGGCGGUUUGUCCCGACACCCCCUCGAAGCCCACCGACUCGCCCGUCAAACAGAGGGGUGUGAGGAAGAGGAGCCAACACCAGGGGCCUGAAGACAUUUACCUGGAUGACCUGACCGCACUUGAUCCAGAUGUUGUUGCCCGGUACUUCCCAAAAAGUGAGUCCGAACAGGUUCCUAGAGACUGGGUGGAGAUGGGGAGGCGCUCUGGAUCCCAGUCUCCCCAGUCUGUGGGCAGCGCAGCGGCCGACAGCGGCACCGAGUGUCUGUCGGACUCGGCCGGAGACCUCCCCGACGUCACGCUGUCGCUGUGUGGGGGCGUCGGGGAGAACUCGGAGAUCCCUAAAGAAAGGUUCAUGGAGCACAUCAUCUCCUACAAUGAAUUUGCAGAGAAUCCAGCAAUAAUCGACAAUCCCAAUUUGGUGGUAAAAAUUGCAAACAGAUAUUACAACUGGACUCUGGCAGCACCGUUAAUACUUAGUAUGCAGGCUUUUCAGAAGAACCUUCCAAAGGCUACAGAGGAGGCCUGGGUGAAGGAGAAGAUGCCCAAAAAGUCCGGGCGCUGGUGGUUCUGGAGAAAGAGCAGCAUAAAGCAGUUGUCAUUAGAGACCAAGUCAGAGAACCAGGAGUCUCUGACCAGAGAGAGUCCCGCCCCCCACCAGGCGCCAGAAACACAGCAGAAAGCAGCCGAGUGGUCCAGCGACGACGAGACUAAAGAGCUGAAGGCUUUGCCUCCGCCGCCCGCUGAGCAGCCAGAAGGCCCGGCGCCGGCUCUUCACUCCUACAAGAAGUCUCUCCGCCUGUCUUCUGACCAGAUAGCCACCCUGAAGCUAAGGGAGGGGCCCAAUGACGUCACCUUCAGCAUCACCACCCAGUACCAGGGGACGUGUCGCUGCGAGGGCACCAUCUACCUGUGGAGCUGGGACGACAAGGUCAUAAUCUCCGACAUCGACGGCACCAUCACCAAAUCAGAUGUGUUCGGUCAGAUUCUCCCUCAGCUCGGCAAAGACUGGACUCACCAAGGCGUCGCCAAGCUUUACCACUCAGUGCACGAGAAUGGCUACAAGUUCCUGUACUGUUCGGCCCGAGCGAUCGGCAUGGCUGACAUGACCCGAGGAUAUCUGCACCGGGUGAACGACAGAGGGACCCUCCUGCCUCAGGGACCCCUCAUGCUCUCCCCCAGCAGCCUCUUCUCGGCCUUCCACAGAGAGGUCAUCGAAAAAAAGCCAGAGAAGUUCAAGAUCGAAUGCCUCGCGGACAUCAAGAACCUGUUCUUCCCCAACGCACAUCCCUUCUACGCAGCCUUCGGAAACCGAGAAAGCGACGUGUUCGCCUACAAGCAGGUGGGCGUGCCCGUGUGCCGGAUCCUCACGGUGAACCCCCGAGGCGAGCUGAUCCUGGAGCAGGCCAGAGGCAAUAAAACAUCGUACAGCCGGCUGAGUGAGCUGGUGGAGCACGUCUUCCCCCUGCGGAGCUCGCGGCACAGCGCCACCUUCAGCUGCCCCGAGUUCAGCUCCUUCUGUUACUGGAGGCAGCCGAUCGCAGCGGCGCGUCCGGAGGAGCUGCUCUGACUCGGACGCGCGUCCACGAGUUCAGUGAGUCACUAACAGAGCUGGAUUAUGACGGAACCAUUUUAGCAUUGUCCAUUUAGUGGGUCACUGGACCUUUGGGAGUAUUCCCAUCAUGCACCUGCAUUCCUCGUGCUUGAGCUACACAGCUGAGGUGUUCUUGAAGACGCUGUUGGCAGAUUAGAAAGCCAACGUAUGACACGUCAGUUUCAUAGUUUUUUUUUUUGUUACAGGGUUUAUGAGAAGAAAUUCCCUAAAAGUGCUAAAAUUGGCCACUUGCUUAAUAUGUACGGAGUAAAAUUAUACUAAGCUGUCAAAAAAAAGCAACAUGAACAGUGUUUUCAUCCAUUUAAGGCCUUAUUCACCCUUUUUAUUGGUUUUAUUUAAUGUCUUACAUCUUUGCUCCAAAGCUUAAUGGUUUUGCACUAUUACCCUUGAAAGGACAAACUGGGAAAUUAUUUGGCUUGUACAUAAUAAUUGCAUAACUGCACUUUGUGUACAUGGAAUACUGCUGCUAUUUGGGGUUACGUCAUUUUCCCAAAUCAGGAUUGUUUUGAUUUUGCCAUUGUGAAAAGUAUAGUAAUGUAAUACAUAUUUCUGUUUUCAUCCUUCUAAUGCUCAGUAACAGCUGCAAUUCACUUUAAAGCAUUCUUUCUAUGAAAGUGAUCAACUUUAAGGAGUAUUUCCAUACUUUGCAUUUGUUAACCGGUGACAGAUGAGCUCAGGAAAAACUGUUUAAAGUCAUUUAUAGUGUAAAGUAUGAACUCUGUAUUACAUGUAUUGUAUUAGUAUUCAAUUAAACUGUUGACUCAAA